AUGCAUUAUGUUNUCUGUAGUUGUUGUGACCAGUUAUGGUACAGACAUAGUGUCAUUAAUGCCAACAAACUUAGGCAGUCUAAUCCUGAUAUCUCGCAGUACCUGUGUAAUAAAACCAGUAGUAUUGAUAACAAAGAGUGGGUUUGUAAYACUUGUAGGAAUCAUUUGAUAAAAAACAAGRUSCCACCAUGUGCURUAGCUAAUGGUAUGUCUUUUCCAGAAAAACCAGMUUUUUUUGACUUGAAUGAAUUAGAAUGUCGAYUACUAGCACCAAGRAUUGCUUUUCAAAAGCUAAUGCAAGCUCCUCGAGGUAGACAGUUAAAAAUACAUGGCAAUAUUGUAAAUGUCCCUGCAGAYGUGACUCACACAGUAAACAUUUUACCACGCUUACAGAGYCAAACWGCUACCAUUAAAGUCAAUUUGAAGAGAAAACUACAGUAUAAAAGUUCAGCAUUAUCUUUAAAUAUAAGACCACAUAAGGUUGUACAAGCAGCAAAAUGGUUCGUGACAAAUAGUAGUUUAUACAGAGAUGAAGGGAUAGUAUUUGAUAGUGAUUGGAUAAACAAAUACAGUAUAGAAACUGUACAAUCUGAUAAUGAACAAGACAAUAAUGAUAGCUUGCCAUCACAAUCAGAUGAAAGUAUCAAUGUCUCCAGUAAUGUCACUGGUGUGAAUUUAGAUGAUAAUGAUGAAUUUAAUGAAGACAAGGUGGAAUUACCAGCAGGUGUAACUGAUACUAUGUUAACUGCAACAGACUUUUUAGAAGAUAAUGAACGACAGAAUAUUCUUAAUAUUGCUCCAGGUGAAGGUAAUAGACCAUUGAGUGUUUUUAGAGAUAAGCAUUGUGAGGAGUUAGCAUAUCCUGGAAUAUUUCUUGGACAACCACGACCAGAAACUAAGCAAAGAAAAGUCAAAGUUACUUAUAGUGAUAUUUGUAAGUCAGAAUUAAGACGAUCAGAUAGACGAGCUGCCAUGUGCAUUGAAAAUAUCUUCUAUAAAACAAAGAAGCUGCAAAUGAAAAUACUUUUAGGAAAAUCACAUAUAGCUCUUAGAAAAUGCAAGGGAAAUAAUAGRAAUAUKAAUGCAGGGCAAUUGAAAMAGCAAGGAGCUUUAGACCGACURAUUCGUCAUGAUGAAGGGUAUAAAUUUCUAAAYGCAUUAAGAGGCUCACCUCCAUACUUUGAGAAGGCUAAAAAGGAUUUAUUUGCWAUGAUAAGACAACUGGGACCUGCUACAUUGUUYUGUAGUUUCUCAUCAGCUGAAACYCAAUGGUUACACUUACUUAGAAUUCUUGGACAASUUGUUGAUGAAAAAAAAUAUACUGAUGAAGAAAUAGAGAAUUUUAACUGGGAUGACAGGUGCCGCUUAAUWCAGAGUGACCCUGUAACAUGUGCUAGGCAUUUUGACUUUCAAGUAAAUCAAUUUCUUACAAACUUUCUUUUGAGUUCUKCURAACCAUUAGGUAAAAUAUCUGACUGGUUUUACCRUGUAGAAUACCAACAAAGAGGAUCUCCCCAUAUUCACAUGUUAAUAUGGCUUGAAGGAGCUCCACAAUUUCAAGUUGAUAGUGAUGCAGAAGUAACCACAUUCAUUGAUAAAAUUAUUUCAUGUCAAAAACCAAUAGAUGAUCCAAAACUGUUGAAUCUUGUUAAUAGACAGAUACAUAGRCAUUCACAUACAUGUCGUAAAAAUACAAGCAGUCCAUGUAGGUUCAACUAUCCACAACCUCCAAUGAGGCAAACAAUGAUAAUUCAUCCUCURGACAAAGAAWCAYCAGACAGUGAAACUAAAAUGCAUAAAGAUAAUUGGAAAUCUAUCAAAAGCUAUUUGAAUGACCUCAAGGAAGAUGAAGAUGUUUCAAUUGAUCAAUUAUUACUAAAUUUGAAUAUUWCUGAGGAAAACUAUUUACUUGCUAUAGCAUCAUCUCUAAAUACUCCUACAGUAUUUUUGAAAAGAAGCCCUAAUGAAGUUCGUAUAAACAAUUAUAACCCUGCUUGUCUUAGUGCAUGGAGAGCUAAUAUGGAYAUACAGUUUGURUUAGAUGUGUAUGCAUGUGCUGURUAUAUAGUSAAUUACAUAUCAAAAGGUCAAAAAGGCAUGAGUGAACUAUUGCGACAAGCUUGUACUGAAGCUAGACAAGGCAAUAAUAACAUAAAACAACAAGUCAGAGAUAUUGGAAGUAAGUUUCUUAAUAAUGUUGAAAUAAGUGCACAAGAAGCAGUGUAUAUUGUCCUACAAUUACCCAUGAGAAAAUCAUCCAGGCAAAUUAUAUUCAUAAACACUUCRCCCCCAGAUGAGAGGGUGGAGCUUCUAAAGCCAAUAGAUGAUAUAAAAAAUAUGGAAGAUAACUGUGAAGAAAUCUAUACUAGCGGUUUGCUAAAAAGAUAUUGUAAACGUCCAAAAAAACAUGAAAAUUUGACACUAGCAGACUGGGCUGCAUGGUAUGAUAAUUGCAAUAUGAAACCAUAURCAAAACAAACAAAUGAGGUAGACAUUGAUGGCCUUCCAAUGGAAACAUUUAUUGAUGAUAAUCAGAAUGAUGAUGAUGAUGAUGAAUGUUCAAACACAUCCAUGUCUAAGACMAAAAAAAGAACUAAAGCUAGGAUAAUAAGAAGUGUAUGGUUUAAUGUCCAGACUGAACCAGAAAAACAUUAUCGUGAACUCUUGAUGCUGUUUACUUCAUGGAGAAAUGAGGAGACUGACUUACUAGGAAAUUUUUCAUCGUAUCAGGAUCGAUUUGUGUCACUCUCCAAUAUGAUCAAAGAACAAAUGAAGCAAUAUGCUGUUUGCAAUGAAGACUUUAAUGAAAUGCAGCAGGAAAUGAGUAGAAUAGAGGAUAGGUAUGAUGAAAUAGCACCUAAUACACAAWGUAUUGAACAACAAGACCAAGCUGAAGGUGAUCAGGACUUACAUCCUGAUUUUACUGGAAACUAUAAUCUAUCAGAUGAUUUAGGAAUACCCUCAGUUGACAAUACUGAACCACUCACAAUGAAUGAAUUACCAGAUGAUGAAUAUAGACAAAUGGUACAAACAUUGAAUAAAGAACAAAAAGAAUUCUUUUAUCAUGUUUUGCAUUUGAUAAAGACAUCAGAUGAUCCWUUUUACUGUUUCCUCAGUGGUGGUGCAGGUGUUGGCAAAUCACAUGUGACUAAAGCCUUGUAUCAGGCUGCAUUGAAAUAUUAUAACACUAGACCAGGUAUUAACUUUAAUGAAGUAAAACUAUUGAUGUUAGCACCUACAGGGAAAGCUGCAUAYAAUAUAAAGGGAAAUACUAUUCAUAGUGCWYUAGCAAUACCAGCMUGUCARUCRUUAAGAAGGUAUAAGAGCCUUGAUUCAAGUAGAAUGAACACAAUAAGAUGYCARCUUGGUAGGRUUAAACUUAUAUUCAUUGAUGAAAUAUCAAUGGUAGGSAAUACAAUGUUCAAUGUUCAAAUAUAUAAUAGACUCAAAGAUAUCAAAGGUAGCUCACUACCAUUUGGUGGUGUUAGUAUUGUUGCUAUAGGAGAUUUGUUUCAACUACAGCCUGUGAUGGAUGGGUAUAUAUUCAAAAACAUGGAUAAUGAUGAAUAUGGUGUUCUUGCUCCUAAUGUAUGGCAAGAACUUUUCAAAAUGUUUGAACUCAAACAAAUAAUGAGGCAAAGAGAAAGUAAAGAGUUUGCUGAAUUACUAAAUAGAUUARGAGAAGGUAAUCACACUAAAGAAGACAUUGUAAAAUUAAAGGAUAGAUGUAUUUCUGCAAAUAGUGUAAGCUAUCCUAAAGAUUCACYGCACUUGUUCAUUCAAAAUGCAAAAGUGAAURAUUUYAAUGACAAAGCUCAUAAUGCACUAUCAGGAACCAAAUAUUCUAUUAAAGCACAYGACAGUGUAGUUGGAGCUGAGACACAAGAACUCAGAGAUAAAAUAUUGAAACAAGUACCUCAUGAUCCAAGGAAAACUAAACAGUUGCAUUCAAUAUUACAUGUAGCAGUAGGGGAAAGAACUGAAAUAUCUCUUAAUACUAGGACUGAUGAUGGUAUGACUAAUGGUGCUGGUAAUGUUAUUAAACUAAUACAAAUGCAUAAUACUGACAGACCAACAGGUAUUAUAUGGGUACAGUUUGACCAUCUUGAUGUUGGUCAGAAAACCAGACAUGAUAAHAKGCAGUUAUAUGUWCAGGGUAUUGAACCAUCAUGGACACCAAUCAAACCUGUUACUACUCAGUUUGCAGUAGGCAGRACAAGAUCUGUACAAGUUGUAAGAAAACARUUUCCAUUAAGACCUGCUGCUGCWAAAACUAUACAUAGAUCACAGGGUGAUACUGAAACAAAGGUUGUAGUUAAUUUUGAAACAAGAAGAGCAAUUCCUCAUAUACAUUAUGUAGGGUUGAGUAGAGUAACAACUAUUGAUGGCCUUUAUGUCACAGAUCUCUGUGAAGACAAAAUAUCUGUCAGUGAAGAUGUCAAAGCAGAAAUGCAUCGUUUAAGAACUGAGGGACAGCUAUCUCUAUCAGUAAAACCAAUUUAUAAUGCACCUCAAAAUGCUGUUAAAAUCUGUUAUCUUAAUGCAAGGUCAUUACAUAAGCACAUUAGAGAUAUAUGCACAGACAUGAACUAUUCCAGUACUGAUGUUAAUAUUUUUACAGAAACAAGAUUUAUUGAASUUGACAAUGAUGAUUUAUAUUUGAUGAGUGAUGACAAAUACAGCWUGUUUAGAAAUGAUGYUCCUGCAACAAAUCCACAUAAUGUACGGCCCUUUGGAGGCACAGCAGUUUAUAGUCGUCUUGAUUAUUAUCCAGGAUACCCAUAUUGUGAUAACAGAAAUGGCGUAGAAAUAACAGUUUUAAGGUUCAUGGUCAUUCCUCAUGUAACAAUUGUAGGAAUUUAUAGAUCACAUGCAGGAUCARUACAAGACAUGUGCAGAACACUUAAGGAUAUUCUAGAAUCRUUACCAACUGAAUUUAAUGUAUUUAUUGGAGACUUUAAUGCCAACUGGUUUAAUGAUUCAAAGUGUAAACCACUAUAUUGUUUGUCCCAGAUUCUAACUCAAAUCAAGCUAGAAAUAUAUACCAUGGCUAGCAAAAAAGUAACAUCCAAGGAAAAAGAUUCUGAUGUCUACACUGAAACUCUUGAAGGUUAUGUUCAUUUACUAAGUCCAAUAAAGACUGCUGCAAAUUCUGCUAAAACGAACUAUUUUGACUGCAAGCUUCAAACUGGGCAAGAAGAAUCCUUGCGAUUGGUCUGUUAUUCACCACAAAAACGAGAAAGUCUUCAACAGGCAUAUAUAAAUAAGUCUCCUGUCAAAAUUGUUGGUACUAAGAAGAACAGCAAGAAACGAUUCAACACAGAUAUUGACGAAUAUUCUGUAUCAAAAUAUGCAAAAGUUACACCAGCAGAAAACAUACCUUUUGAGUAUAACCAAACAGUGGGAAACCGAUUGAAAACUGUAAAAGAAACCCAUCAGUGUGAUAUUUAUGACAUUGUUGAUCUAAAAGUGAAAAUCAUCACCAAGUCUGAGAACAAACAAGCUGUACUGAAAAAUGACCUGCCAAUCUACAAAAUAGACACUGUUGUGGCUGAUGAAACUGAAGUUAUAAAAUUAGUCUUAUGGGAAGAGCUUAUAGAUUCAGUUCAUUCUGGAUUAUCAUAUCACUUUCAAAACCUGACUGUUAGAAUAUUUGACGAUGAGAAGUAUGUCAACUCUAAUGAAAUGACUACCGUUACACCAAUGCACGAUAUCCAAGUCCACAUGGAAAAUCCAGAAAUAAGGGACAAUUUACUGACAGGACGUUGUGCAAGUGUUAAAAUAACUAAGUCAAGCUCCUGCAUAGUAUGUAACAAAAGCCAAGAAGUUAACAAAGAGGAAGAAUUUGUCACCUGCAAGAACUGUGGGAUGACCACACUAGCAGAUACUUUUCAAAAAACUAAACUUAUUGGUCAAAUUUUCAUUUUGACACCUGAUAACAAGAUGCAAAAAUACACCUGUUUCACAGAUAGUAUCCAAAGC